CUGACGCACCUCACCCCUCUCGGGACCGCGCCUCCCCAAGGGCUGAAAGGAGUUUCUGCCCCUUUAAGAAGUUGAGCUGUCCAGCACAGCAGGGAUUUCAACACGGACAGAUAGCGCAAUGAAGAGCAGCGUCGACCCGUCAUCAUGUGCACCGGGCUUCCGAGGACUGCCUGUCCCCUGCGACUUUUUGCCCUCUGCAUCCUUCUCUCCCACGCAGCAGCCUAUUUCGGCCUUACAGGUCGCGAGCCCAUGGUUUUUCUGGCCAGUCCAUUUGCCAACGAGCCUCCGAACAGUAAAGCGCACCUGAAGCAAUGCGAGCAGAUGACUUUGACGCGCCGGCAAAAACGCUUGUGCCGGCGAGAACCGGGGCUGGCGGAGACUUUGAGGGAAUCUGUCCGUCUCAGCCUCCUGGAGUGCCGCUAUCAGUUCCGCAACGAGCGCUGGAACUGUAGUAUGGACGGCCGUGGAAGCCUUUUAAAACGAGGCUUUAAGGAGACGGCUUUUCUGCACGCGGUGUCGUCAGCAGCGUUGUCUCACGCGCUGGCCAAAGCGUGCAGCUCAGGGCGCAUGGAGCGCUGCACCUGCGACGAUUCUCCUGGUCUACAGCAGCGCGAGGCCUGGCAGUGGGGUGUAUGCGGGGACAACCUCAAAUACAGCACUAAGUUUCUCAAGAAAUUCUUGGGGCAAAAACGGGUCAGCAAGGAUCUGCGUGCCCAAAUCGAUGCUCACAACAUUAACGUCGGGAUCCGGGCGGUGAAGAGUGGUCUUAAGACUACUUGUAAAUGUCACGGUGUCUCCGGUUCAUGUGCUGUGAGAACAUGCUGGAAGCAGCUCUCCCUGUUUCAAGACACAGGCCACCUGCUGAAGUUCCGCUAUGACACAGCCGUUCGAGUGCACAGUGUUACCAACUCCGCCACUGGGGAGAGCGAGCUGGCAAGCCCACGGCAUCAUAGCAACACGGGUCCCCGCCCACGACCCACCGAGCUGGUAUUUCUUGAGGAGUCGCCCAGCUUUUGCAGGCCGUCGCGUUACUCGCCCGGGACGGCCGGCAGACCAUGUUCAAAGGACACCAGCUGCAGCAGCCUGUGCUGUGGAUGGGGCUACAACACGGCCCUCCACCUCACCACCCUCUCCUGCCACUGCCAGGUCCGCUGGUGCUGUCACGUCGAGUGUCAAACCUGCCUCCGUGAGGAAGAGGUCUACACCUGCAAGAAACAUUGAUAAGAAGGAAACUGAGAAGACAAAGUGGAAAGUGAGGAAGCUUGAGGAUUUUAAGGCAUCUACUAGACAGAAGUUUGGAGGUUGUGAUGCAGGUUGUUGCAAACAAAAGUUUGGGGGAACAUGUUUAUUUAAUAUGACCAAUUGGUGCCUGAAAAAGCCUACAGUAUGACAGUUCUUCCAGCAUUCAUCCACCACCCCAGCUCCUCCUUCUUGAUUGGUUAAACUAGUCUAAAACCAGUCAAGGAAUUCAUAGGAGUUCCUACUUUAGGGCUUGGGUCAAGUCUCCAGAUCAAACCCUUUAACAUGGACAGCAAGCCAAAUAUGUAUACCCCUUCUCCAUAAAUGAUUAUGUGAACUUGUGAAACAAGUGUGGACAUACCUGGCCAUGGGUCCCAGAGUUUCUAGAAUGAAAAUUGCUCUUCUGCUGUCAAGGAACCCGAAUGAGACGUUUCAUCCGUUUCCCAGCUUCUCACAAGCAGUGGAGGUUUGAAUUGAACCAGACUACUCUUUUCUUCUGCAGUGAUAAACCAGCCUCACUGGGAGGUUGCCUGUUGAACGGUCUGUGUUGAUCGCACACUUAUGGAAAUGGACUAGCGAUCUGCAAGGUUUAGUUAUACUCAAACUAAUAGUUGGAAGAGAGAUGGCAGUCUGCUCACUUACAUUUCUGACUGCUCAUCUCUCUACCUGCCUAUAAUGUACAUUCAUAUCUCUCUGUUGCUCUGAGAGUCCACUUAAGGCUUCAAAAUAUACUGAGAGUAUGAAGCACUUAUGAAUGCAUUUAUCUGUGAAUAGUCAUAUAUAUGUAAGGAAGAAAGUACUUGCAUCUGUUAUGGCAUUCACAGUUAUAAUGCUUAACAAAGAUAUUACAAAUAUAUUGGGGGGGGGGGGGUUAUGCUGAUAAACUGGAAAUCUACUGGGAAACAGUCUGAUUCAUAGACUUCUAAUGAAUGUUAGAGAAAGUUAUAUAAUCAGAAAUGUUAUAUAUAGAAAUAUAUAUAUUUAAUGGCCAUUAAAUGGCUGAAUGUAUUUAUUAGAAUUAGAUAAAACUGAUCAACUUCUGCAACUUCAUGUAUACUUGCUGGUGUAUUCCAGACUGCAUUCAUUUGCCACAUUGCUGCAUGAUGUUGAAGUAUGUCAAAAACACAAGCAUUAGGGAUCGACCAGAACAACGUGUAUCAUUACAGCAUGACCCAUACGUCACCUCUCCCUACAGCUGCGUAUAGUGUGUGCAAACAUCUGGGCUUCUGAGUAUGUAGUUUCUAUUCAGUUUCCCAUCAAGGGUAAUGAAAGUGAGUAUGUCCCAUCCAGAACAAAAGGAAAACAUCUCCUUCCCUAGUAAGCAAGGCUCUCUGGUCUAUAAAGUCUGUAAGCUCUUUCAUGUGUGUGAAGCCUUUGACAAACUCCAUUCCAGUCCCUUAUUAGCCCAUUACCAAUCAGAGCAAAUACCAGUGCUUGUUCUCCAGAAUGUGCCGAAAGCAGAAAAAGUUCAAAGUUGGUAUGCUGGAUGCCCAAUUGAGGCCUUUGUUACAGGUAGAUUUACGAAUAAAAAUAAAUAGAUAAUAGUACUUAUAUAUACUGUAUACUUGUUUUUAGCUUCAUUUUAUAUUCAUUUUGUUCAAAUCAUUCUUGUUUCAUUUUUAUAGUUCUUAUUUAAAAGUAUUUCAUUUUUUUUUUUUAAGAAGGCCAAAUAUGAGUGGAAAUGUUGAAAAUCAGUUGUAUGGGGACAAAUUUUAGACACACAAAGUAUUACUCAUAAAUAUUUUCUGUUCAAAUUAAACAAUACAUGCAUUUAAUCACUUAAUAAUUGAAACUCAAAUUUAAAGUAUGUGAAUGUGAGCAUGUUCUUGUCUACUUGUUUGUGUGUGUGUGUGUGUGUGUGUGUGUGUGUGGUGAUUCUGGGAAGGCAGAAAACUGCAGUAAAAUUGGCCACAUCAAUCAAGUGGAAGAAAGUCCAAGCCUUCGGUAACAUGCCAUUCAGCUGACUUGUUGAACUUGUUGAAGUACAUAUGCAUGUUAUGAAAGCUUUCUCCUGAAAUUGAUUCUGUGUCUAUGAAAGAGACUUUACUAAAGAAAGAGAGUUAUCACACUGAGUCAGCACAUGCAAAUAUCUGAAACCCCAGUGGUGGCUGUGAAAAUACAAAUUAGAUAGUUUCCUACUUCUGAGUGUAUGUGUGUGUGUGUGUGUGUGUGUGUGUGUGUGUGUGUGUGUGUGUGUGUGUGUGAAUGUGAGUGUGUUUCUUUGCUGCAACAGCCAAAAUGGUAACAUUUAUAGCACAAAUAUCUGAAAUGAACCCUCUGUCAACCUGUGGGUUAUGGAGUCUGUGUUUGUUUGUGUUGUCAUAGCUUUAACAGUGUAAUGUUUCACUUUGUGUUUUCAUGCUGGGGAUUUUUGCUACUACCUCACCCAUACAAAGGGGGAAAUUAAGUACUUAAUAGUUUCUUUUUUUCUUAGAUAUUUAAGACAAUGCUUCUUUUAAAAGCUUUAGCCUGAAAUACAGAUGCAUUUACUUUUUUCUUUUUUAACUUGACCUAUUUCUUUAUUUAAGAACCAAUGUAUCAUAUUCAAAUAAAACAAUACAUUUGUAAAAAUGAUGUCUGACAUUUGACAACAGAUUCAACUCUUCAAAUUAAAU